AUGAGGGCCACCGAUGAUGAAAACGCCGUCGAAACGGAUGAGGAGACGAGGAAACAAGAACUUACAACGAAGGACAAGAAGAAGUCGAAAAAAGACAAGAAAGCAAAGAAAUCAAAGAAGGAAAAGAAGGAGAAAAAGAAGCGAGACGUCGACGUUGAAGACAAAUCAGCCCCAGACCACCACCAAGCUGAAGAGACUGUUAUCAGUAUUGGCGAACAGGAGCCAAAAAAAGAAGGAGCCGUCGAAGAAGUAGCCGAUAUUAGCAAAGAAGAAGAAGAAGGGGAAGAUAAUAGUAUCUUUGAAGACCCGAAAAUAAAGGAGCUAGAAGCAUUCUAUAGAAAGGCUCUGGAGGCAUUCAAAACAGACAAAACCAGUAAAGAUUUACGAAGAGCAAAAACUGCCGCCAAGAAAGCUUGGGACACAGCCCUGAUCGAAGCAGCUGGUCCAGGAUUUGAACCCUUGACUUGUCGAAACUGCAGCCAGCUGUUUUUGUUUGGAGAUAAAGACAAGUUCAAAGAAAAGGGGUGGGCCAAGCCCUCUCAAUGCAAAAAGUGCACUUUCAAAAUAGGCAUCGCUCGAAGCAAAGAUCGGAAGAGGGUGGACCAGAAGCAGAACAUGUGUUAUGAAUUUCAGCAGACAGGAGAAUGCAGCCGCGGAGAUCGAUGCCGAUUCAGCCACCUUGAACGUCAUAUUGGGAAGAAAAGAAGGAUAGAGCUUGAUGCGGCUAAAGAGGAGGCUCUUGAUGCAGCUAAAAAGGAAACUUCUGACUGA